AUGGUUCUGGAUGGAUUGGAUAUGGACAAGAUGUUCUCUAUCUUGUCACAGUUGAAACAAGUGGGCUUGAAUUUCUUGAUUCCAAUUGUAGAUCGGAUAAGGUAUGUACAGAGCUUAAAGGAGAUAGUUAUUGAUAUUCCAGAACAAUCUGCUGUUUCCUUAGAUAACGUGACUUUACAGAUUGAUGGUGUACUAUAUUUACGAAUAAUUGACCCAUACAAGGCAAGUUAUGGAGUUGAAGAUCCUGAGUAUGCAGUAACUCAGCUGGCCCAAACAACCAUGAGAUCUGAACUUGGGAAACUCACAUUGGACAGUGUUUUUAGGGCAAAAGGGCCACUUCUGUACUGUGUAAUUGUGUAUGGUGAAGCAAAUGCAGUCAUCGCAAAAGCAAAGGCAAAAGCAGAAGCCAUUCAAAUGCUGUCUGAAGUACUUAGUCAACAGUACGGAAGCCAAGCAGCCUCACUGAGUGUAGCUGAGCAGUAUGUGUCUGCCUUUAGUAACUUGGCCAAAGAAUCCAAUACCAUUCUUCUUCCGGCAAAUACAGGUGACAUCAGUAGCAUGGUGACACAGGCCAUGGGAAUUUACCACACCCUGACUAAUAAACCAGAAACAACAAAGGAAGAACUGGCAAUGGAUGCAUAUCAUGCUGACCGAUCACCGCCACUGGUUGGUGAAAGUCAAACAUUCCCUUCAGAGAAUGAAGUUCUGAAGUCAAAAAUAAUGUGAAAUUUCUACUGAAUGACAGAUGAAAAGUCCAGCUGCAGAAUGUGCCGGAUUUUGAUUGUUUUGAAAUUUGCAAUGAAAAUGUGUCAUGCUCAUUACAUUUUUAUACUUUUCGAUGAACUGAUUUUGUUGGAUGACUGUAGCUUAUUUUCCACCUAUACAACUGCAUCAUGGUUAUAGAAAAGGUACUUUUGAACUAAUGGGAUCAGUAGGUUAAAUUCUUUGAAAAUGAAAAUAAAUAUUUAAUUAUUUCUUUUCCUCGCCCCCAAAAAUGUUUCACUAUUUUAACACUUCUGGCGAAAAAGGAACUGGUUCUCCUCUUGCUUGUGAUUGGAAAAGCCUAAGUAAGCAAGUUACCCUGCAUGGAGGAUCACAAGAGAUAUAAACUUUAGCAACAAAUAUGUCACCUCUGUGCAAAGAGAAGUAGAUUAGCAAAAGGAAAAGAUUUAAUGGAGGGUGCUGUAUAGUAACCAGUAUCAUAACUUGGUGGCAUAACUGUGACAAAAUUAUGCAAUUAAAAGAUGAAACAAAAACAA